AUGGAUUUGUCUGCGGAGGAUUUGGCAGUGAAGCAAAAAUUGGAGCUAUAUGUGGAGAGGGUUCAAGAUCCUGAUCCUCGGCUGCAGAUGGUUGCUCUCGAGAGUAUGAGGCACGAAAUUCGUUCUUCAACCAGUUCAAUGACGGCUGUUCCAAAGGCCUUGAAAUAUCUUCGCCCACAUUACAGAACUCUAAAAUCAUAUUACGAAAUAAUGGGAGCUUCAGAUUUGAAGAUAAACCUGGCAGAUAUACUAUCUGUUUUGGCACUGACCAUGUCUGCUGAGGGAGAGCGGGAAAGCUUGAAGUACAGAAUGUUGGCUGGUUCAAACGGCGACAUUGGUUCAUGGGGUCAUGAAUAUGUCAGGAACUUAGCUGCAGAAAUUGCUGAAGAAUAUGCCGAUAAUAAGCUGCAGUUUCAGAUCAGUGAUGAAAACCCUAAUUGUGACCUAAUGAAACUGGUACGACAGAUUGUUGCUUUUCACAUGUGGCACAAUGCCGAAACUGAAGCGGUUGACCUGUUGGUUGAGAUUGGAGAUCUUAAUCUGUUAUUUGAGCAUGUUGAUAAGACGAAUUUUAAGAAGACUUGCCUUUAUCUGACCAGUUCAGCAAGAUACCUUCCUGCCAGACCAGACGAUGCGUACUUAGCUUUGGAUAUUGCAUACAAGAUAUAUCUGAAGUUUGGAGAAUAUCCAAAUGCACUUCAGAUUGCGCUUUUCGUUGAUGACCACCAGUUGAUAAGGGAAGUGUUUACAUCUUGUGAUGAUGUGCUGUGUAAAAAACAACUUUGCUACAUGCUUGCUAGGCAUGGUGGUAAUUAUUCAGUGCUUGAUGAUGAUGAUGAUAACAUGGAUGGGGAUAGUAAUAACCGAGAGGUAAUGCAGGACAUUAUUAAUAACACUAAGCUCAGCGAAGGUUAUCUUACCCUCGCUCGAGAUCUUGAGGUCAUGGAGGCCAAAACUCCACAGGAUAUAUACAAGGCACACUUGCUUCAUGGUCAAGUAAGUAGUAGUGUUGAUUCAGCGCGACAGAACUUGGCCGACACAUUUGUAAAUGCAUUCGUAAAUGUGGGCUUUGGUCAGGAUAAGUUGAUGACGACAGUUGAACCACCAAAAGAUCAUUGGCUUUUCAAGAAUAAGGAGCAUGGAAAGAUCAGCGGUGCUGCAAGUCUAGGUAUGAUUUCACUGUGGGAUGUUGACUCUGGAUUUGCCCACAUUGACAAGUACCUGCACAGCAAUGACAACCAUGUUAUUGCUGGUGCCUUGUUAGGGAUUGGAAUUUUCAAUUGCGGUGUCAAACAUGAUUGUGAUCCGGCGCUGGCAAUUUUGGGGGAAUAUGUAGAUAAAGAAGAUCCAUCUAUCCGCAUUGGUGCAAUAAUGGGACUAGGGAUUGCAUAUGCUGGUUCAAAGAAUGAGCAGAUAGGUAGUCAGCUGACUCCGAUACUUAAUGACGCAAAAGCUCCACUUGAUGUGGUCACAUUCACUGCAAUCUCAUUGGGGUUGAUAUUCAUUGGUUCCUGCAAUGAAGAGGUAGCUCAAGCUAUCAUACUUGCACUAAUGGACCGAACUGACGCAGAGUUGGGAGACCCCCUUGCUCGCCUAAUUUCGGUUAGCCUUGGCCUUGUGUACCUUGGGAAGCAAGACAACGUUGAAGCCACUGCUCAAGUUUCACAGACAUUUAAUGAAAAAAUCAGAAGACAUUGUGAUAUGACUCUGCUUUCUUGUGCUUAUGCUGGAACAGGAGAUGUUCUCAAGGUUCAAACCCUUCUCGGCCAUUGCUCGCAACAUGUUAAGGAGAAGGGUGAAACUCACCAGGGACCUGCUGUGCUUGGAAUUUCUAUGAUAGCAAUGGCUGAAGAAUUGGGACUUGAAAUGGCAAUUCGUUCAUUAGAGCAUCUUCUACAGUAUGGACAACAAAGCAUCCGGAAGGCUGUUCCUUUGGCCCUUGGUCUCCUUUGCAUAUCAAACCCAAAGGUCAGUGUUAUGGACACAUUAAGCAGACUUAGCCAUGAAACAGAUUCAGAAGUAGCAAUGGCUGCAGUGUUUUCCUUAGGUUUGAUAGGUGCAGGAACCAAUAAUGCCAGAAUAGCUAACAUGCUUCGCAGUCUUUCAAGUUAUUACUACAAAGAUGCCACCCUUCUCUUCUGCGUGUGCAUUGCUCAAGGUCUUGUACAUUUGGGGAAGGGUUUAUCAACUCUAAAUCCAUAUCAUUCCGACCGCUUCUUGCUAUCACCAGCAGCACUUGGUGGAAUCAUAGUCAUGCUGCACGCAUGUCUCGAUAUGGAAGCCAUCAUUUUGGGGAAGUAUCAUUAUGUUCUCUACUAUCUUGUUAUGGCUGUGCAGCCAAGAAUGCUGUUGACUGUGGACGAGAAUCUCAAACCCUUGUCAGUUCCUGUUCGAGUGGGAAAAGCUGUGGAUGUUGUUGGGCAGGCUGGCCAUCCAAAAACAAUAACUGGUUUCCAAACCCACUCAACACCGGUUGUUCUGGCUGCUGGUGAGAAAGCAGAGUUGGUGACUGAGAAAUAUAUUCCCCUUUCUCCCUUCCUUGAAGGUUUUGUCAUUUUGAAAGAAAAUCUGGAGUACAAGGAAGACUAG